CACGUGAGGGUCCAUAUUUCCAAUGUAUCUUAUUACUCGGGUCGGUUCUCCCUUAUAUUGAUAUGAUCUGACGUCUGACUUCUAGAUGAAGGAUAAUAACCUAGUGGCCGGAAUCGUCGAGGAAGAUACCAACUUCGCUUUGUGUAUAUACCUGUACAUCAACGUCCUUUCACUUACUGACGUGCCUGUCCUGACCCGUUGGGCAAGGUUUAGGUUGUAUCACCAUAUAUUUCAAUUAAAAGCUAUCGCGCUUUCAGGCCUUCUGUGUUCCCUGUACCUUAUCGUACCGCGAAUUGGGCAGCCCUGUGCGGAAAGGCCUAUAAUCCAACGCCGCCGUGAGGUGCUCUUUAUUUCUUUAAACAGCCACAUGAACUCCAGUGGUAGGUAGGAGCGCUCGCUUUGUAUACCAGGCAUGGCAUUACUGUUCGUCUCUUUCCAGGCUUCGCGUAAUCCUUUCUGUCUUUU